AUGGAGAAUCAGACUGCCGCCAUCACAGAGUUUAUUUUGCUGGGAUUUCCCCUGAGCAGGCAGGAGGAACGGCUGUUCCUGGUGCUGCUGCUGCCCGCCUUCCUGCGGACACUCCUGGGGAACCUGCUCAUCGGCUCCAUUGUGCUGUCCUACUCCCGCCUCCACACACCCAUGGACUUCCUCCUGUGCAACCUCAUCCUCUUCAGCUCUGUCAUUUCUCCAAAAGUGUUGGCCAACAUAGCAUCUGGGGGUAAAACCAUCUCCUUUGCUGGGUGUGUCACCCAGUGCUAUUUCUACUUCUUCCUGGGCACCGUAGAGUUUCUUCUGCUGACAGUCAUGUCGUAUGAUCGCUGUGCCGCAGUCUGUUACCCCCUGCAGCAUCGCACCAUCAUGAGACCUACGGUCUGCUUUGGGACCGUUGUGUUCUCUUGGGUGGGAGGCUUCCUAUCUGUGCUCUUUCCAAUCAUCCUCAUCCAGCUGCCCUUCUGUGGCUCCGACAUUAUUAACCACUUCUUCUGUGACUGUGGGCCCUUGCUGGCCCUGGCCUGUGCAGACACCACUGUCAUUGAGCUGAUGGAGUUUAUGCGUUCGUCCACCAUCAUCCUCUGCUGCAUAGCCCGUGUGGCCUAUUCCUAUACAUACAUCACCUUAAUAAUAGUGUGCAUCCUUUCCACAAGCGGAAGGAAAAAGGCCUUUAACACCUGUGCUUCCCACCUGGCAAAAGUCAUGAUUUCUGGAGGCAUCACGGUGUUUAUCUAUGUGACUCUGUCCCAGAAAGAAUAUCUGGAGGUCAACAAGGGCCUUUCAGUACUGAGCAGUGUUGUGACUCCAUUCCUCAACCCAGUUAUAUACACGCUGAGGAAUGACACAGUGUUGAAGGUCCUCAAGGACAUGUGGGUCAGGGUUCAAGUAGUUCUAGAAAAGAGAAUGAUGAAGCUGAGGAGCAAAUUGUCAUCUUACGAAGACCACUAA